UAAGCCUUUUCUGUAUUAACAAAAAAUUAUAGUGAAUUCACAUUACUGAGUUUACAACCUAUCUAUUCAAAUUGACCGGACCUGAAGCGAAAGGUUUCCUAUGAAAAUGGAAUUGGGAGGGAACCAUCUUGACAUUCGAGACAAGACACUUUGGUUGUGACUGUGACAGCGCAGUAGGCGGGAUUUCACCUCAAACCAGAGGAGAGAGUCUAGUCUUCGGUGAGACUGAGGGGGAGUUAAUGAGAGAGGGACCUGGGUUGCUCUUCGGAGUGGAAUCUGCAUACAUGGUGACCUCUGGUUCUAUGGGACUCAGUUCUCCAAGGGAAAUGGCUUGUUUUGUAAUAUUCCUACUCUACCACCUGCUAUAUGACUCCAGCUGCCUGUGAAGAGCCUUUCAGUUGUUUAUGGGAACUAUAAGUCUGUUUGUUCUCCGAAGGAUAUAACAUUUCCCCCCCCAAGACUACACUUUUCUAUUUGACCCCACUGGCGAGUCAAAGCAGCAGUGCUUUGGAUAGGACUGGGUACCAAUAAGACCAUGGCAAACAACUCGUACAGUGGGGUAAAGAACUCCUUGGUGGAGGCCAACCACGAUGCAGAAUUUGGCUGCACCCUUAAAGAACUGCGCUCCUUAAUGGAACUGAGGGGCGCUGAAGCGAUAAGCAAACUUGGGGAAUCUUACGGGGAUACUCAAGGACUCUGCAAUCGUCUAAAAACAUCACCUACCGAUGGUCUAAGUGGACAACCUGCUGAUUUGGAGAAGAGGAAAACAGCGUUUGGGCAAAAUUUAAUACCUCCCAAAAAGCCUAAAACUUUCUUACAAUUAGUAUGGGAGGCACUACAGGAUGUCACGCUCAUCAUCCUAGAAGUGGCUGCUGUAGUUUCACUAGGUCUUUCUUUUUAUAAACCGCCGGAAGCUGAAAGAGAUCACUGUGGAAAGGCUGCUGGUGGAGUGGAGGACGAGCACGAGUCCGAAGCAGGCUGGAUCGAGGGUGCUGCUAUUCUCCUGUCAGUUAUCUGUGUAGUGCUGGUGACAGCUUUCAAUGACUGGAGUAAAGAGAAACAGUUUAGGGGGCUCCAGAGCCGCAUCGAGCAGGAGCAGAAAUUUACGGUCGUCCGCGGAGGACAAGUUAUCCAAAUUCCUGUGGCCGAAAUUGUGGUUGGUGAUAUUGCACAAAUAAAAUAUGGUGAUCUCUUACCAGCUGAUGGAGUUCUCAUCCAAGGCAAUGAUCUCAAAAUUGAUGAGAGCUCCUUAACAGGGGAGUCGGAUCACGUUAAAAAGACACAAGAAAAAGAUCCAAUGCUAUUAUCAGGCACACAUGUAAUGGAAGGCUCAGGGAAAAUGGUGGUCACUGCUGUGGGUGUCAACUCACAAACUGGAAUUAUAUUUACUUUACUCGGGGGUAGUGAAGAUGAUGACGACGACGAAGAUGAAAAGAAAAAGGAAAAAGAGGAAAAGAAAAAACAAAGAAAAAGUAGGUCCCAGGAUGUUGAAAUUUGUCAUGUUGAGGGAUGGGGAAUGUUCACUUCAAGACUGCUUCCAAUCUUUUUCCUCCUAUUGACAUUAAAAUGUAUAUUUACAGGCAAGAAGCAGGAUGGAUCUCUGGAAAACCGAAAGAAAGCUAAAGCACACGACGGCGCUGCCAUGGAAAUGCAGCCUCUGAACAGUGACGAGGGAGCCGACGCCGAAGAAAAAAAGAAAGCCAAUCUGCCAAAGAAGGAAAAGUCUGUUCUCCAAGGAAAACUAACCAAACUAGCCGUACAGAUUGGAAAAGCAGGUCUGGUCAUGUCAGCCAUCACUGUCAUUAUCCUGGUGGUGCUGUUUGCAGUAGACACCUUCUGGAUCCAGAACCUGACCUGGGUCAAGGAGUGCACACCCAUCUACAUUCAGUUCUUUGUGAAGUUCUUCAUCAUCGGUGUCACCGUGCUGGUGGUGGCCGUCCCUGAAGGCCUGCCACUCGCUGUAACAAUCUCCCUGGCAUACUCAGUGAAGAAAAUGAUGAAGGAUAACAACCUCGUCCGUCACUUGGAUGCUUGUGAAACGAUGGGCAAUGCAACAGCGAUCUGUUCGGACAAAACUGGUACCCUCACUAUGAACCGCAUGACUGUGGUACAAGCCUACAUAGCUGAGAAGCACUACAAGAAGGUCCCUGAGCCCGAGAGCAUCCCCUCCAACUCUUUAGACUUCCUGAUUCUGGGCAUUGCAGUCAAUUGCGCUUACACCACUAAAAUCAUGUCUCCAGAGAAAGAAGGAGGCCUGCCACGGCAAGUUGGGAACAAGACCGAAUGUGCCUUGCUUGGUUUUUGUAACGACUUGAAACGCGACUACCAGGCGAUUCGCAACGAGAUACCUGAAGAGAAGUUGUACAAAGUCUACACCUUCAACUCUGUGCGCAAAUCCAUGAGCACCGUGCUGAAGAUGGCCGAUGGCAGCUAUAGGAUGUUUAGUAAGGGAGCCUCAGAGAUUCUCCUGAAAAAGUGCUAUAAAAUCCUUACAGCGAACGGGGAGCCAAAGGUGUUCCGCCCGCGGGACAGAGACGACAUGGUUAAAAAAGUGAUUGAGCCCAUGGCUUCGGAAGGCCUGAGGACCAUCUGCCUUGGUUAUAGAGAUUUUCCAGCCGGAGAGGGCGAACCUGAUUGGGAUAAUGAAAAUGACAUUCUUAGUGGACUGACCUGCAUCUGUGUGGUGGGCAUAGAGGACCCUGUGAGGCCAGAGGUUCCAGAUGCGAUUAAAAAAUGUCAGCGUGCCGGCAUCACCGUCCGCAUGGUGACCGGGGACAACAUCAACACCGCUCGAGCCAUCGCCACCAAGUGUGGCAUCCUGCUGCCCGGCGACGACUUCAUAUGUCUGGAGGGGAAGGAGUUCAACCGCAGGAUACGCAACGAAAAAGGAGAGAUUGAACAAGAACGCAUCGACAAAAUCUGGCCCAAACUACGAGUACUAGCUCGCUCUUCUCCAACCGACAAACACACCCUAGUAAAAGGUAUUAUUGACAGCACCGUAGCAGAACAAAGACAAGUCGUGGCAGUGACGGGAGACGGCACAAACGAUGGUCCCGCUUUGAAGAAAGCAGAUGUUGGCUUUGCUAUGGGUAUCGCGGGGACAGACGUCGCCAAGGAGGCUUCCGACAUCAUCCUGACCGACGACAACUUCUCCAGCAUCGUCAAAGCAGUCAUGUGGGGCCGGAACGUUUACGACAGCAUCUCCAAAUUCCUCCAGUUUCAGCUCACCGUCAACGUAGUGGCCGUCAUCGUAGCGUUCACUGGAGCCUGCAUCACACAGGACUCUCCUCUGAAAGCUGUACAGAUGUUGUGGGUCAACCUCAUUAUGGACACAUUUGCUUCAUUAGCUUUGGCCACGGAGCCCCCUACAGAAUCCCUGCUGCUAAGGAAGCCAUAUGGGCGCAACAAGCCUCUUAUCUCUCGCACCAUGAUGAAAAACAUCCUCGGUCAUGGAGUGUACCAGCUAAUCAUCAUUUUCACUCUUCUGUUUGCUGGAGAGCAGUUGUUUGAUAUCGACAGCGGCAGGAACGCCCCUCUCAACGCCCCUCCCUCUGAACACUACACCAUCGUCUUCAACACCUUUGUAAUGAUGCAGCUUUUCAAUGAAAUCAACGCCCGCAAGAUCCACGGGGAAAGGAACGUCUUCGAGGGCAUCUUCAACAACCUCAUUUUUUGCAGCAUAGUUUUUGGCACCUUUGUCAUUCAGAUCGUCAUCGUGCAGUUUGGCGGGAAGCCUUUCAGCUGUGUGGCUCUGUCCAUUGACCAGUGGCUUUGGUGCACCUUCUUAGGGUUUGGUUCACUGCUGUGGGGACAGGUCAUCUCCACGAUACCCACCAGCCGCUUAAAAUUCCUGAAAACUGCAGGCCACGGCACCCAGAAGGAGGAGAUCCCCGACGAAGAGCUGGAAGAACUGGAAGACAUGGACGAAAUCGACCACGCCGAACGAGAGCUUCGCAGAGGCCAGAUCCUCUGGUUCCGAGGCCUAAACCGCAUCCAGACUCAGAUCCGGGUGGUGAAAGCAUUCCGCAGCUCCAUCUCCCUCUAUGAGGGCCUGGAGAAGCCCGAGUCCCGGUCGUCCAUCCACAACUUCAUGACUCACCCGGAGUUCCGGAUAGAGGAUUCCGAGCCCCACAUCCCCCUCAUCGACGACACGGACGCCGAGGACGACGCCCCCACCAAGCGCAACUCGGCCAGUCCCCGGAACGCCACGCCCACGCCGCCCUCCCCGACGCCCUCCCCCGACGCCCCCGCCACGCCGCUCUCUCCGUCCCCGAACAUGAACAACAACGCUGUCGAGAGCAGCAACCACCUCCUCCCGGAGGGGCCCAAACCGGCGACCCCCUCGGCCCCCGGGAGCCCGCUACACAGCCUGGAGACCUCUCUUUGAUCCACGCGCCUCUUUUCUACCCCCCACCACCAUGGAGCUCAGAGGAGAGACGAAGGGCUGAGACUGGAGUCUUCUGUGAGCUCGGCUGAGGCUGGAACGAUGAAACAUUCAGAGGAAUGUACGGCUUGGUGUGGAUUCUUUUUUUUGUUCUCAGUACCCUCCUGCAACACGAGGACUGUAUCUCACCCCUCCCCUCCUCGAUAACACUCUGGGCAACACGGGGGGUGCUGAUAAACUUGGAUUGAAAGUGACCUGUUUUUAUUCUAUUAUUAUUGCUACUAUUUAAAUCGAGAAGGGGAAGAUGCUCCUCCUGGCUCCGAGAUCGUCUGUACGUUUCUGAAAAGAACCUUUAGCUUCUCUUUUAUCUCAAUGGUGUUGUAUAUUUAUCUCUUUGGCCCUCGCUCAUUCAAAACUUUAUAUCUGCUCCACCGGCUGUUAAUAUUUUGAAUUAUUAUUUAUGUUUUUGGAGAAAAAAAAAGCAGGUCUGUUUACAAAGUUUGUAGAUACUUUUUUUUCUGUUGCUAGGCAGAAGAGCUUCCUGAUGUAUAAUGCAGAAAACUGAGACACAGAAAAAAAAAACUUCUUUCAAGAUACUGCUGUAUUUUCAGGAGGAAAAAAAAGGGUGUUUCUAUUGAAACUUAACUAUUUUUGCCUGCAAGUUUUAUUUGUUAAAUAUUUGUAGAUAAAAUAUAGAACCUUCUAGCCAAACGGAUACACUAAAGGCUAGUAUAGACGAGAGGUCCACGGGGACGAGGUGUUUUCACAGGAGACGGGACAGGAAAGCCAACAAAGGCCUCUGUUCACCAACAUGGCUAUAAAUAGUUACUUCUUCCUUUGAUAUUUUCAUCUUCAGAAAAAAAAUUUUUUUUUUAUUUUUUUUUUUAUUUCAAGAAAUCUACAUAAAAAACCUCCUUACUUCUUUGUAUUUAGGUAGCAAAACAUUGUUUUUGGGAAAAAAUGCAACUGAAGUGUUUUUAUAUUUUCACCUUUGAGUUGUGGCUUUAAGGAAAAGUUCUGGUUUGUUGCAGUUUUUGAACAUCUAAAACCCAAAAAAGAGGGACUUCUUUUCUUUUCUUUUUUUUCUUUUUUUUAAUUUUUUUUUUAAAGCCUGUCCACACGAGCCCUUUCACAAUAAAUGUCUCUUGCAUUUGGUUUGUAAUAUAUUUUUGAAAUCUGAUGUACUGGAAAACACUAAAGGAUUGGACACUUGCAUUUUUCACGAAUAAAGACUUAGGCAUACACUGGUAUCUAUCUGCACAGGGUACUUUAUUUCAUAGUGUCGCCUGGGAGAAAAAAAAAAAAGAAUUU